AAUCACGUGUCGAGAAUCCGUUGGUCGUCCCUGCUGUAGGAAUCGUUUCGUUCUUCGUUUCAUUUUGGUUGCUAGCUAUAGCCUGUGUUUAUUUUAAACAAUUUUAAUUUUCUCAUACAUUUCACCGAAGAAUGAGCGACAACGAAGAUAUCGAUGUCGACAGUGACGUAAGUUAAUGUGAUCGCGUUUGUAUUUUUGAUCAGGGAAACGCGUGUUUUUCGUAGUUCCCUGGAGUAUGUUAGCUGGCUCGCUGAACUAGCUGGCAGAUCAGAAAUAUUUUUCGACACAGUAAUAGCCAAUCAGCUGAGUAGUUUGCCAAUUAAACAAAAUAAACGCAUACAUGAUUUCUCAACAAAUGAUAAUUUAAAUACAUGCAUAUAUAAUAAUGUCAUCAAAUAAAAUGUGUAUUGUUAGCUAAUUUUACCAGUUUUAGCAAUGUAGCUACCUAGCUAGCUAACACUGAGCUUGAUUGUUCUAUUUGUUGCGGUGAACUGAACAUUGCUUGCUAGCUGGCGCUAACUUGGCUAGAACAACAAACAGCGAGCGAUGCAUGCAAAAACAGCAAGCUAGGUAGUUAAAUAUUACCUCAACAACUCGCUUGCAAGGCCAGCUAGCUAAUUUAGCAAGUUAGGUAAGUCAGUGUAGCGCAGUGGUUCCCAAACAGGGGUACUAGGACCCCUGGGGGUAGUUGAUAAGACUCAUGAGACCAUAGACUUACUGGGAAAAUGCACAUGAGGGGGUUCUUCAGGGGUACUCCAGGCAGAGCAAAAUUAAGUUUGUGGUACAGUAAGCGAAAAAGGUUGGGAACCACUGGUGUAGAGAAGUGUAACGUUACAAGGGCAGUGCACUUUUUCACAAGUUAGUUAGCUAGUUAUACUUUGCUCUUGUACAUUAUGUAAAAUGACAUCUAUCUACGAGGCUUGUGCAUUUUUUUCAGGUUUGAUGGGACGUUAGCCACCCUGAAAAUAUUAACCCAUGAAAGGGUAAUCUCAUCCCAUAAACCAAGGGGAAUUGUCCUUUGAAGCAACCCAAAUGGUUACGAGCUAUUAUCAUGUUAUGCAGAGGAUAUGCCAUUUUUGUGUUUGUACUGUGCACCCCAUGAGAGGAAAUAAUGUACAUCGUGUCCUUCUCAUCAUAAUUAAUUUGUUUAGUAUUUUUAACAGGUUGUUCAUACUUCAUUCAAUAGGUGAUAAGAUCAUGCAUUGCAUUUGGGGCUGUUAAAAGCAACAUAUAAACACAUGUUUUCAUAGAGGACUAAAGGAGACUUCCCCUCCCCCAUUUUGAUGAAGCUGGAUGAUGGAUAUCAGCUCUGGAUAAGAGCAGUGCUAUUACACUGACUCAUAUGCCAUAAUGUCUUCUAUGCAUUAAUUCAAUGAUGCUUGCUGAACCCCUUAUACUGCUUGGUGAUGAACAUGGAGUCAUAAUACGUUUUGUUUAGAGAGCAGAUGUAGCUGCCAAGCAACCAACAGGUGGUACCAUUCUGUCCUCCUUAGAACAUGAGACAUUAGUGAUUUCUAAAAGAAUACAACAAAGACAUAUAGGCUAGAGGUCGGUGGUGAUAAGGAUCAGAGUGCAUAGGAGGUAGUUUGGUAUGUAUGAGACAGACAUUGUCCAUAGCAACCAGUAUUGUAGACUUCAUACCAACAGUCAGCAUUGAUUCACCACUUUUAUGUCAUGUAAGUCUAUGUUUAGCCUAACUGUUACUACGAUUAACUCAUUAGCAAUCACAAUGUGAAAUGUGUUAAAUAAUUGGGUUUGGAUUCAGAUGGGUAUUGAAAUGGGUAGCCCAUGUAAAAAUAAACACACACAAAUAAACACAUACACGUUUCAAUAUUGCAGGAAGAAACCCUUUUUUAAACACUUAUUACUUGGCCUCUCAUUAUUGCUAGUUUGGGUUGAAGCUGUUUCCUCUGUGGAUCUCUCGUUGCAGGCAGACAAACGAGCACAUCACAAUGCUCUGGAGCGCAAACGUAGGGACCACAUUAAAGACAGCUUCAGCAGUUUACGGGACUCUGUGCCUGCGUUACAAGGGGAGAAGGUUAGUAAAGUUAGUAAUCGAUAUUUUCUACUUUCCAGCUCUGACUGUAGAAUGAAUGCAAUAUGAAGUUAGUAAUUUGUAUGAAUGUCCAAAUGUAUUCAUGCUAAAUGUACUGCUGUAUCAAUGAGGAUCAAAUAAACCUCAACCAUUAUUUUGAACGGUUUAGUUUUCAUUUUCAUGAAUGAUUGGCUCAGUUAUGAAUCUGUUUGGAUAUCUACUUGGUUCCAAUAAGCGAAUGGUAUUUAGCCCAGUCUUUAAUAACUGGGCCUGCAGUGCAUGUGUCACCUGUAAUACUGUGAUAAGGACAAAUGCAACAUUGCCUCAUGGCUGAGUUUGUAAUUUGUUGCUGACAGCAAUCUGUCAAACAGGCUUCCCGAGCUCAGAUCCUAGACAAAGCCACAGACUACAUCCAGUACAUGAGACGAAAAAACCACACACACCAGCAGGACAUCGACGACCUGAAGAAGCAGAAUGCACUGCUGGAGCAGCAGGGUGAGUGUGGGCUCAAGGCCCAGGGACAACUGCAGUAGCAGGAGGGUGAGUGGUUGGGUCAUGGGAUCAGAGCCAUACUUAUGCUGCUUUUCGGCUGUAUCACCAGUGUUACACUCUUAUCUUAUACUAGGAAAAUUGUGUUUUCAUAGCUAGGGCUGACAGUGAAGACCAGAAUCAAGAACCUCUGCAUAAUCAAAACAGUUGCUUUGUGGGAACAGUUAGCCAUUGUGUAAUGACAGCUAAAAAGUAACAGUGACCUGGCUUUGGCCCAAAGUGAGAGCAGGUACGCCGGAGCCAUGGCCCGGUGAGACACGGGUGCCGGCCCACGUAGAUGGAAACAGAAAAGUCUGAGCCUUUUGGGUAAAACACGGGUAAAUCCUGUAUGGAAAUGCGCCAUAAUGGCUAUGCUACUGAUGGCCUUUUGCAUUAUCCCAAUGAAUUAUGUUUCAUGGUGGAGAAGGGAGAGACCGAUACUUCUCCUGUUGUUUUCUGACUUUGUGUUUCUCUGGGUGAUUGCAGUCCGUGCACUGGAGAAGGCCAAGGGGAACACUACGCUCCAGGCCAACUACACAUCCUCUGACAGCAGCUUGUACACCAACCCCAAGGGGAGCACAGUGUCCGCCUUUGAUGGUGGCUCCGACUCCAGCUCUGAAUCAGAGCCAGAGGAGCCGCCCAACAGAAAGAAGCUGCGUGUGGAGCCCAGCUAGACUCCAUCCACAGUGCUAUCACCAGAGACUCUCUUAUCCACCAGCCCUCUCCUCCUGUUCAGUCUCUUUCCAGCCUUCUCAUGCCACUCUAGGAGACAGAUGGAAGACUGUGAUAGAGGUGCUAUCAUAUAUACAAUGCUUCAACCUUUCUCAUCCCUCACCAACGUAUUGUCAUUCCUCUCAUGGCACAGCAACAACUCUCAACACCCCCAAAGUGAGGCAGCUCUGCAGUUUGAAGGAGUUCAUGCGUUUAAAACCUCAUUCUAAUGAUUCAGAAUCGGAUAUGGAGGUGACCAGGUGUACAGCUUUAGUCUAGUUACAACAAAUAGCCCCAUUUCUCGUUUUGGAUCACCUCAAUGAACCUGUUCAGAGUUUUGAGACUUAGGCAGACCAUUGAGAAAAUGUCCUAAGGAAUAGCUGACCUUGUUAAUAGUUGUACUUUUUCACAAAAUAAUGUGAAGUUGCUUUGGAAAAAAAUAUAUGUAAUGCAACCCUCCUGAAUCAGUGUAGAUGGCUGAUGUUUUCCGUCUCUGAAAUAUUUGUGUAAUCAAAUCCCUAAAUUUAGGUGAUAGCUAUAUUGAGAAAAAAAACUAUUUCGUAUCCCAUAUUGUACAUUUUUGUCAUUUAGCUUGACCACUUGUCAAUGGAGAUAGAUAGAUGAACAAUGUUGGCCUCAUUUAAUAUAUUCUCACCUCACAGGUUCAACUCUUUGUUUUUAUUUUGUUAUUCUCAAAACAAUUGAGAUUUGAAGAAGAAAAAGGUAUCCUAAAAUGUAUCCUGACUGUUACACAAUGCAGUUAAAGGUAGUAAUCUUUUAUUUUGAUGAAAGGAAAAUAAUUCCUUAUCAGUGUAGUGCAUAACACUGUAUACUCUUAAAUGUCAGUUCUACAAAGAAAAACCUUUUUUUUUUUACAGAUAUAAUUAGUGUGUACAAAAUAGAUAUUUGUUUGAUUCCACUCCAUGGAAAUUACAGGUAUGUUGUACAUACUGCCAACAAUUGUCUUGCAAGUUGAGGCAUACCUUUGCUAUGAGACCAUUAUAAAUAAAACUAUUUUAUCCUUUAGUGCUGUGUGUAGAAGGGAGAC